AACGUGACCGCAUGUUCUGUGUACAGGUAGAAGAGAUACAAUAAAUAUUUUUUUUGUACCUCAUGGCUUCUGUCAGUGACCUGCACGCACGACGAGAUGAAAAGAAUAAUACACGCACUCUGUUUAACUCAGAAGGCGUUUAUGAAGCAGCAGAAGAUAAUUCAUCCCAGAUCAUUCUGGAGACCCCAGAUCCUGAUAUCGUCAAAACAAUUUCACAUUAUUUCGAGGCUGCUCUCAGUGGGCAGAAAUAUGUGGUAUCCCACCCCGUCACAGACCAUGGUACUGAGUCUUCAGCAGACAGGUAAGCACACAUGGAAAUAUUAACCCUGAUGAAUUGGUUAAAAGUCAGUGCUGUGCCCUCAGCAGUGCUUCUUUAUAAAUGUGUGAAGCAUUCAGAAUAGAUUCCGAUAGCUAGCUUAUUACAAUGUAGAGAAAUGUAAAUGUAAUUAACAUUACAAUUCACACAACCAAAAGUGUGAAUAAUGCAAUAUUUGCCUUUGCUCACACAUAUUAAUGUAUCAGCAGUGAUUCAGGGGACAGCCUGUUCAUAACUCAAGUGCCAGUGUCUGAGGUGGUGAGGUCUGUGAGAAGAUGUCACUCAAAGGAGAGGUCAGAGUUCACAUGUACCAUAGAAUCAGGGGAGGAAGAUGGACCUGCCACUCCCCAAAGGAAGCAGCAGGUCUCACCUGCAAUGAAACAUCACAAGAGGAAAGCAGAGAAGCAUGGCCUGAAAAAGUACUCCUUUCCCUUCCUGGGGAGCAUUUACAGAAGUAAACACCUAUCUAGUAGAGAAAGGGCUUACAGAAACACACACCUACCACUAUUAAAGAGUGUGACCUUCGCGGUAAGUAGGCAGCACUCCUUGUGUCAAAUUCCUAUUGUUAAAAAAAAUCUGCCAUAAAAUAAAACAGAAGUCCAGCUUCUGAUACUUAUAAUUUGGAUCAUAUAUAGGCCUAAUGUAUUUGUGGGUAACUAAUGUGUCAUAUGCUUCUAAAUGUUUUCUCAGUCUCACUGACAUUAAAUCCCUUUUUGUUUCCAAUAGAGUAAGGCAAUUGGAGGCUUUUUUAGAUGUGUCAAAACACUGAAGAAGUUCUCUAAAGGAAAAGUGACUUUAGCCUCAGCUUUACCAAAUAGAUAUCUGGAUGAGGAAGGUGAACUAUCUCCACUGUCAGAGUAAGUUUUCUACAGCUCUCAAUUUUGAAAUAAGAAAAGGUUAUAAUUGCUGGAGAUGGUCAGUGCUCUUUUGGUAGAUUUGAGCUGUGAAACAGAGGGCAGACCACAUUUCUUCCUUUGAGCUUCUUUAUAAUGAUUGUAUAUUUCUGAGGUGUAUAAUGCUGGGUCUUUCUUUGGACCUACAGACAGGAGGAGGAAUCUAAAGGUAGUGAUGAUGACAUCAGAGUGGUGGUGAGUAUGAUCAAAUAAUCGUACAUUUUAUCUAGGCUCUUUUUCUCAUAGCAUCAUAUGAGUCAAUGAUUUGGCAUUUAACGUCUGGCAGUACAUUUAUCAAAACAUUUAUUUCUUACAGGAAAAUGAACUUUUAACGCCAUUUCUGAAAAAGAAAAAAAGGCAAACUUGGCGUCAUCCAUUAUCUGAAGCUGAAAAGCAAUGCAGAAAGUUUUCAUCUGUAAGCAAAUACUUCACCACCAAGACAAAGAAACAGAGCACAAAGAAAACACAACACCUCCCUCAUGUCAAACAAACUCUUUCCUUGGUUUCCAAAAUGAUUAAAGACACAACAUCAAAGCGGAGUGUUGCUGGAUCACGGCGAAUCAUACCUGAGAAAUGUAACAUGGCAGAAGAGGAGACUAACCCAGAGUCAGUCAAUUGCGUUAGGAGAUGUUCAUCUGGUAGGAGUUUGGUCCGCAAUGAAACUGAUGCAGAAGAACCUGGGAUACAAUUAGCUGACAAUACAGAUGGACAGGAAGAGAACGACAACAUGGACAUUUCAUUGACAGAAUGGAAGACAAUGCUGAAUAUCGGAUUUGUCAGUGAGGAAGGAGAGAGGAGUAGAAUAGACCAGGCAGUGGACAUAAUGAGUUCACCAAUUAAUGAAGUGCAGGAAAGUGAAGGAAGCUGUUUGGAGAGGACCCAAGUGAACAGAGCCAUGACCUCCAGUGUGACUGGACCUUGCCCUGAUCGUGACCAUCAGAACCAGACAAGAGAAACAGAGGCUGAUCCUGGAAUUAAAGGUCACAACCCCCCUUCAACAGAUCUAGAGCUCACAAAUUACUGUACAAAUGUUGAUGCUGGGGGAGACGAUGAACAGAAGGGAAAGAAGAGGAAGAAAAAGAACAGGAAAAGAGAGAGAGGAGAUGAUGAAAGUAUAGAGGACCGAGUUGGGCAGAAUCAUAGCCAAGAGGCUCCAGAUGAUCAGGAACUAGUCACCUGUGUGAGUACAGGCACCAUACAGGGAGGAGAGGCUACUGAGAUAACCCAGGAUAACAAGGCAGAGCAUUCCGUGUCUGGUGAAAUGAUUAUGCCACGUAAAAAGAAGAGAAAAAAGGAGAGGAGGGAGUCACCAUGCCAGGCUGAUACAGAUAUAGGGCUAAGACAGGAAGAGAACGCCAAGCUAUCAUCCCAUGCUGGAGGUGGUGCUAUAGUUCAGACUGAUGACAUAGAACUGAAGAAAAUAAAGAAAAAGGAUAAGAAUUCCACAGCACAUGCCAUCCCGGAGGAAGGACCAGAAAAAGAACAUUUUCAGAACUUGAGUUUAGAAUCACAGUUAGAUGAGGUAAUAGGACCCCAAAAGGGAACAAACAUUUCAACCCUCCCUCAAGAUACUGUCACAAACCUACAGGUAAACACUACUGAGAUAAGACAGAAAACAAUUGAGUGCUCUAUAGUCCAACUUACUGAAUUUGUAGCCCAGAGAAAGAAGUAUAAAACCAUGGCACCUAUAGAGAAUUCUUUGACACGGAGUGAUGGCACAGUUUCUUUUAGGAAGAAGAAAAAGGCAAAGAAAGAUUGGGAUUCCUUCUGCAGCAAUGAAAUGGCUGGGAAUGAUACUGAAAUUCCUCUGUCUACAAGUACUUUAUCUCAAUCUGGUGAAAUCGAUACACUGGAGAAGAAAAAACACAAACGAGAUAAGAAACAGAAUUCUGACACACAUGAAGAUUCUGAGACCAGACCCAAAGAGAAUGUUAAGACCCAUGAGCGGUCUGAAGACAUGUUCACGGAGAAGAAGAGGAAAAAGAAGAAGAGGAGGAGAUCUUCAACUGACGAGGGCGCCAUUGUUCAACAACAAGAGGAUAAUACUCCAAAAUUCCAUGUCACCCUCAAGAGUUCUGUGUCUGAAUCCAUUGACACUGUGCCACCAAGAAAGAAGGAGAAGAAAGAUAAAGAUAGGGAUUUAGUAACUCCUUUGAGCGCAGAGGAGAGCCAUCAAAAGGACAACAUACCACCUGAAACAGAUGAGAUCACUAGCCCAAGAAAGCUGAAGAAAAAAAAGCGAGAUGGGUCUAAAGACACUUGUUCUGUCAUACACAAGGAUACAGCAGCUCCACUGGAAAAAGAGAGUAUUGGCAUAUCUUUGGAGGGAUGUGAGAGUUUUGCUUUGACACCAGAUUACAUGGUUUCUCAGAGAAAAACAAAGAAAAAUAAGAAUUCCCUCACCCAACAUGAUCCUGAGGAAAGACUGAAAAAUGAUGCAACUAAAAUAUCUCAGAGGAUGAGCGCAGCUGUUAAAAAUUCUAGACCGGAAGAGAAAAAAGAGAUAGUUACAACUGAAGUGAGACUUGAAGCUGAAAGUGCCUUUAUAUCCUCCAAGAGGAAGAGGAAAAAGACAAAGAGGAGGAAAUCCACUGAUAACGAAGCACCAGAGGUAGGACAUCAAGAUAAUGAUAACACUGCAAUAUUAAUUGAAACGACUCAGAGUUCUAUCACCCAAUACACAGAAACAGAGUCACAGAAAAAGAAGAAGAAGAAGAAGAAGAAAAAUAGAAAAACUAACAAGGAAUCAGUUGCCCCGGAGGGCACAGAUUGA